GAAUCAGCCAUUUCAGAAAACUGCUUCAUGGACCCGUUGGGGCUGGGAGAUCCUGCUUUAUAAACUCCACGGAGAGCGUAUUCAAAGGAAGAAUUGUAGUCAAACAGAGGAAGUGACAUCUGCAGGAGAGAGCUGCACAAAAACAUACAAAACUUACAAAAUCACUGAUGCAAAUUCUGUGACUUUGCCAUUUGUCCUCAAUGAUGUUAUGGGUCUGGAGGAACAUGAAGAAGAUGGAAUUCAGCCUGAAGAUAUCAUUAAAGCACUGCAAGGCCAUGUAAAGGAAGGCUAUAAGUUUAAUCCUGCUUCUCCACUGAUUGACUCGGACCCAGACUUCAUAACGGAACCCAGGCCAGAUGACAAAGUUCACUGUUUGGUGAGUGUAGUGCCUGCAGCUAGCAUCUCCCAAAUGGCAGAAGAUGUUAUUCAGAAGAUGAAAACUGUCAGGAAGAAAGCCGUCAGUUUGGGCAUCCCUCAUGUGGUUCUGAUGACGAAGAUAGAUUGUCUUGGUCCACUGGUUAAGAAGGAUCUAAGCCAAGUUUACAAAAGCAGGAAAAUCAAAGAAAAGAUGGAGGUAUGCAGCCAAAGACUUGGUCCACCAAUAAAAUGCAUCUUCCCAGUGAGCAACUAUUAUGAGGAGAGUGAAAUAAAUGAGAAAAAAGACGUGCUUAUUCUAUAUGGCAUUAAAGGCAAUUGCAGGAUUUGUUAAAGAUUAUUUCGAAGAUGGUAACAUCUGAGUUAUCUGCUAAAGCACUCCCUCUUCCUUUUCCAUUUGAUAUAGGAUAUCUGCUAUGCUGCAGUUCACUUGUUCAUCAUUUUAUCCAUGUAAAAAUUCCACAGUAGAGAAAAGCAAUGUGUCUGAUCAAGGUAAUGCCUCCUAUUAUGUCCUGUUACAUGUUACAUGUGACACCUUGUCCAGUUUAGCAGUAUCUUAUUAUGUAAUUUUGAUAUUUUGUCUUUAUUCUUCAGUGAAUGGGAAUUAUUGCAUUAAUAAACAUACAACCAUAACAGCUGUGUGUCUGUGUGUCUCU